AUGGCCUUCUCCUCGUUCCCAUGGCCGUUCCGCCACCGAGCCGGCGGCAGCGGCAUCAGCGGAACCGGCCCAAGCAAACCCUCCGCCACGGAGAGGAAGGAGGAGGACGCGGAGGAGCUCGGCGUCACGCCGCAGCUCCUCGACUUCCUCCGGACACUCUCCCCCGACGCCUUCAAGUCCUUCCCCACCAGAGGAUCCGCGGAGUCGGCGGCCGAGCUCUCAGACUGGCAGCAGCGGCACGCCGUCCUCGUGCUCGCCAGAGCCAAGGAACUCGCUAAGGUCCGCUAUGAUCUGUGCCCACGCCACAUGAAGGACAAGCAGUUCUGGACAUACAUCUUACCCAACUCUGUAUUGGCUCAGGAUGAUUUGGUUGCUCCAGUAGCUACAAGUGAGCAAGCUGAUGUAAAUGUUACUGGCCUACGUCGUAUAGAAGAUGAUUUAGUGAUCUCAAAUGAUCACACUAUCAAAUGCUGA